AUGCAACUUCUACUUCUCCCAGGUAACAGAGCUCGGCGAGGUGUACGCUUUUUUCCUUGUAAAGAAAACAGGAAUAAAGGCGUUGUUUUUUUCGUUUCGUCCUGCAGAAACUGGGCACGUGAGAAUACACGUGUUAGCCGAAUUAUCUAUCUAUCUAUCUAUCUAUCUAUCUAUCUAUCUAUCUAUCUAUCUCAGUCUGUUCAUAUCUAUCUAUCUAUCUAUCUAUCUAUCUAUCUAUCUAUCUAUCUAUCUAUCUAUCUCCGUCUGUUCAUAUCUAUCUAUCUAUCUAUCUAUCUAUCUAUCUAUCUAUCUCAGCCUGUUCAUAUCUAUCUAUAUCUAUAUAUAUAUAUUUUCUUCAUACUGUCGGAUCUAUAUCCAUAUAUUUGCUUACAUAUCUAUCUAUCUAUCUAUCUAUCUAUCUAUCUAUCUAUCUAUGUCUGUUCAUAUCUAUCUAUCUAUCUAUCUAUCUAUCUAUCUAUCUCAGUUUCUUUAUCUAUCUAUCUAUCUAUCUAUCUAUCUAUCUAUCUAUCUAUCUAUCUAUCUAUCUAUCGGAUUAUUUAUCUUAUCCUUAUGUAUCUAUGUGACGAGACUUGCUUAAAAUUCAAUGAGGUCUGCAUUGUACAUCAUAUGGAAAAUAGGAAGUGA